AGCCAUAUCUUGUCUUCUUCGUUAUUCUUCUGCUCUGCUACAAUAUGAGGAUACACCACCCUCUUCUGCUCCUAAUACUUUCCAUUUCAACUUUCUUCGGAUUAGCAUCCGCUGUAGAUUUCGUCUUCAAUGGCUUCAAUUCCUCUGAUAUGCUACUCUAUGGUGUUGCCGACAUUGAAUCUCGCUUUCUUACUCUUACAAACCACACCAGAUUCGCAAUUGGUAGAGCUCUUUACCCAUCGAAAGUCCCUGCAAAAUCCCCGAAUUCCUCCCAUGUGGUUCCUUUUUCCACCUCGUUCAUCUUCUCCAUGGCUCCUUACAAGGACAUGAUUCCCGGCCAUGGCAUCGUUUUCCUCUUUGCACCAGUCACCGGCAUCGAAGGGACCACUUCUGCUCAAAAUCUAGGCUUUCUCAACCACACCAACAAUGGGAAUUCGAUUAACCAUGUCUUUGGCGUAGAGUUCGAUGUCUUCCAAAACGAAGAGUUCGACGAUAUAAGCAAUAAUCAUGUUGGCAUCGAUGUCAAUUCACUCACUUCUAUGAGCGCACAUGAGGCGGGCUAUUGGCCCGACAACGGGAAAAUCAGCAGCGGCGGCGGCAAUAGCAGUAGCGAGGAAGAUGAGAAGUCAUUCAAGAGGCUGCAGCUGAAUAAUGGUAAGAAUUAUCAAGUUUGGAUUGACUACUUGGAUUUUCAUAUCAAUGUUACCAUGGCUGAGGCUGGCAAGACGAGGCCUCAACGUCCUUUACUGAGUGUUGCUCUUAAUCUCUCUGAUGUUUUUCUGGAUGACAUGUAUGUUGGCUUCACUGCUGCAACCGGCAAAUUAGUUGAAAGUCACAGGAUUUUGGCUUGGAGCUUUAGCAAUUCUAAUUUCUCCUUGAGCAGCGAAUUGAUUACAAGUGGUUUGCCAUCAUUUGUUCCUCCGAAAAAAUCAAUAUUUCAGUCCAAAGGGUUCAUCGCAGGGAUCACAGUGGGAGUUUUCUUCUGUGUAGUCUUUUGCUCCGUGUUUUCAUGGUUUCUGAUAAGAUGGAAGCGCCUAAGAGCGAGAAGGAGGGAGGGAAUGGAAGAAUGGGAAUUGGAGUACUGGCCUCACAGAAUCACUCAUCAGGAAAUCGAGGCGGCAACCAAUGGUUUCUCGGAGGAAAAUGUGAUUGGAACUGGGGGGAAUGGAAAGGUGUACAAGGGUGUUUUAGAAGGAGGGGCAGAGAUCGCAGUGAAGCGAAUUUCCCACGAAAAUGACCAAGGAAUGAGAGAAUUCGUAGCUGAAAUCUCGAGCCUUGGAAGGCUGAAGCACAGGUGUUUAGUGUCAUUGAGGGGGUGGUGCAAGAGGGAAAACGGGAGCUUCAUGUUGGUGUAUGAUUAUAUGGAAAAUGGAAGUCUGGACAAGAGGGUGUUCGAAUGUGAAGAGAGCAAAAUAUUGAGUUUCAAAGAUCGAAUCAGGGUUCUCAAAGACGUAGCUUCAGGGGUGCUAUACUUACACGAAGGCUGGGAGUCCAAAGUACUGCACAGAGACAUUAAGGCCAGCAAUGUGUUACUUGACAAGGACAUGAACGGAAGAUUAGGAGAUUUUGGCUUAGCCCGCAUGCACGGCCACGACCAAGUGGGUAGCACAACGCGGGUGGUGGGGACAGUGGGAUACUUAGCGCCUGAAGUCAUUAGAACCGGCCGAGCUUCAGCCCAAACCGAUGUAUUCGGCUUUGGUGUUUUGAUUUUAGAAGUCUUAUGCGGUAGAAGACCAAUGGAGGAAGGAAAACCGCAUUUGAUUGAUUGGUUGUGGGAGUUGAUGAGGAAGGGGGAAUUAGUGCUAGCACUGGAUGAGAGAUUAAGGAGCAGAGGAGAAUUGGAUGAGGAGGAAGUGGAGAAGGUGCUGCAUUUGGGGUUGUUGUGUACAUACCCUGAUCCAGGUGCCAGACCAACAAUGAGGCAAGUGGUGAAGAUUUUAGAAGGAAGGAAUGAGGUUUGUGAAUCAGAGGGAGAGGAGACGGAUGUGAAUCUGCUAGAAAGCAUGAGAUCCAAAUCCAUGUGGUCUAAGUAUCCACACACCUUUGGCCGCGGAUCACACCCAACAUUUGAAGAUUUCAGACAGUCUCUUGCUUCCUGCUCGUCUUGGACCUCUUGGUCCGAUUCAGUUCUGGGUGGCAGGUGAACCCAAACAGAUUUUGAUGCACCGAUUUUACCAUUCAUGCCUACUGCUUAUUGGGUUGGGUCUUGUAGAGAGUUUUUUUUUUUUUUUUUUUUUAAUUUUUUCUCUCUUUUUUUUUCCAAGUUUGCAGAAGGAUAGAUAUGCCGAUGUACAAUUAUAUUAAAUUCACUGUAAUGAUAAAAGACUCCACGGGAUUUUAGAUUG